GCGCGCCGGGAGCUGGCAGGGAGCGGAGCCGGCGGGAGCAGGGCAGCGGGCUCUGAGGCAGGGAAGCCCGGCACGGCUCAGCCCGGGCGGCAGCUGCUGCCAGCCUGAGGCGAGGAUGAGCCCCCGGCAGGAGGCGGCUGCCCUGGCACCCUCCGAGAGCCCCCGCUCCUGCAGAGCCAUGCCCCGGCCCCGGGAUGCGCCGCGCUCCGGGCGGCUUUGAAGUUUAGAGAGCAGGGCACUUGUGUUGGGAAAGGCGAGCGAUGAACUGAAGAUUAAACAUGUAUGGGAAUUAUCCUCACUUCAUUAUUCCUGCGGGCUUUGGCAAUUCCCCCGUGCACGCCAGCUCCACGUCGGUGAGCCUGUCCUCGGGCCUUUCCGCAGGGAAUCCCGUGGAGGGGCCCCACAGCUACCUCGAGCCCCCCGCCAGCGCCGCGCGGGCGCUGCCGCCGCCGCCCAUGAACGCCCUGGGCUCCCCAGUGAACACCCUGGGCUCGCCCUACAGGGUCAUCACCUCCUCCCUGGGCUCGCACCCCGUGGCUCUGUCCUCCGCUCCGGGCAUGAAUUUCGUGGCCCACGGCAGCCCACAGCUCAAUGUCCUGAACAACGUCAGCAGCUCAGAGGAUAUCAAGCCCUUGCCGGGUCUCCCGGGGAUGGGGAACAUGAAUUAUCCAUCCACAAGUCCAGGAUCCCUAGCCAAACACAUCUGUGCCAUCUGUGGGGACAGGUCCUCAGGGAAGCACUAUGGGGUGUACAGCUGUGAGGGCUGCAAAGGCUUCUUCAAGAGGACGAUCCGGAAGGAUCUGAUCUACACCUGCCGGGAUAACAAGGACUGCCUCAUCGACAAGCGCCAACGCAACCGCUGCCAGUACUGCCGCUAUCAGAAGUGCCUGGCCAUGGGGAUGAAGAGGGAAGCUGUGCAGGAGGAGAGGCAGAGGAGCAGGGAGCGCAGUGAGAACGAGGCUGAGUCCACAAGCAACGGCAGUGAGGACAUGCCCGUGGAGAGGAUCCUGGAAGCUGAGCUGGCAGUGGAGCCCAAAACGGAGGCGUACAGUGACGUGGGCACGGAGAGCUCGACCAAUGACCCUGUCACCAACAUCUGCCAUGCUGCUGACAAGCAGCUCUUCACCCUCGUCGAGUGGGCCAAGCGCAUCCCCCACUUCUCCGACCUGACGCUGGAAGACCAAGUGAUCCUCCUGCGGGCAGGCUGGAAUGAGCUGCUCAUUGCCUCUUUCUCCCAUCGCUCUGUGUCGGUGCAGGACGGGAUCCUGCUGGCCACGGGCCUGCACGUGCACCGCAGCAGUGCCCACAGCGCUGGCGUGGGCUCCAUCUUUGACAGGGUUUUGACAGAACUGGUGUCCAAAAUGAAAGACAUGCAGAUGGAUAAGUCGGAGCUGGGGUGCCUGCGAGCCAUUGUCCUGUUUAACCCAGAUGCCAAGGGUUUGUCCAGCCCCUCAGAAGUGGAGUCACUGAGGGAGAAGGUCUAUGCCACGCUGGAAGCCUACACGAAGCAGAAGUACCCCGAGCAGCCAGGGCGGUUUGCCAAGCUCCUCCUGCGCCUGCCGGCACUGCGCUCCAUCGGGCUGAAGUGCCUGGAGCACCUCUUCUUCUUCAAGCUGAUUGGAGACACCCCCAUCGACACCUUCCUCAUGGAGAUGCUGGAGACACCCCUGCAGGUCACCUGAGGGUCUGUGUGGCCAGACCCUCGGCCCCCCGUGCCCCUGCACAGCUCCUGCCCCUCUGCUCGGAGCCUGUGAGAGCUCCAGAGAUGUCCUUGGCC